AUGAGAUUGUUUCUCUCACUUGCCCAGAGGCGCUUAUCGAGUGCAGUCUACCUUUCAACACGAUGCAUUCUUCCACGGCCAUAUUCGAGCGUAUCGAACCAUGGUCAUCGCGAAGCGCCCCUAGCUGGCAUCACCGUGGUCAGCUUAGAGCAGGCCAUUGCAGCGCCAUUUUGUACGCGCCAGCUCGCAGACCUCGGGGCUCGAAUCAUCAAAGUCGAGCGACCAGGCGUCGGAGACUUUGCCAGAAAUUAUGACACUCGAGUCAAUGGAAUAGCAUCGCAUUUUAUGUGGACCAACCGAUCCAAGGAAAGCUUAGCGCUUGAUCUCAAAAACGACAAGGACCAUGCGGUGCUGAUGAAGCUGUUGGAGCGCGCCGACGUCCUGGUUCAAAACCUAGCGCCCGGUGCGAGUGCGCGACUAGGUCUCUCUCAUGAUGCACUGAAGCUGAACCACCCGUCGCUGAUUGUCUGCGACAUCUCCGGCUAUGGACAAGAUGGGCCCUACCGCGAUAAGAAAGCAUAUGACCUUUUGAUUCAAAGCGAGGCCGGGAUGCUGUCCGUCACCGGUACGGGCAAAGAGCCAGUGAAAGUUGGCAUCUCGAUUGCAGACAUUGCAGCGGGUAUGUACGCGUAUAGCAACAUUCUCUCUGCUCUACUCCAACGAGGCAAGGACGGCCAGGGCUGUCAGAUCGACAUAUCCAUGCUAGAGAGCAUGGUGGAGUGGAUGGGAUUCCCCAUGUACUACUCUUAUGACAAUGCCCCGGGUCCCAUGCCAGCAGGCGCGUCGCAUGCGUCGAUCUAUCCUUACGGGCCGUUUGAGACAGGGGACGGUCAGUCCGUUAUGUUGGGAAUUCAGAAUGAGAGGGAAUGGGCCAACUUUUGCAGUGGUGUCCUGUCGCAACCGGAACUGGCUACCGAUCCCCGUUUCUCUAGCAACUCGCUGAGAGUCCAAAACCGAGACACACUCAAAGAGAUCAUUUGCGGCGCCUUUUCUGUCUUGACUGCGGAGGAGACCAUUGCACGACUCGAAGGAGCAUCUAUUGCCAAUGCCAAUGUCAACGAUAUGCAUGACGUCUGGGGUCACGCGCAGCUUCAGGCUCGGGACCGCUGGACUGAAAUUCAGACCCCGGCUGGUGUCGUCCCAGCACUUCUCCCGCCUGGAUCGACAAAGGUCGCGGAGAAGGGUGGAUAUGGGGCUCGAAUGGAGCGUGUUCCUGGGGUUGGAGAACAUAACGAGGCCAUUUUGGCUGAGUUAGACCUGUUUAGGUAG